AUGACGAUUGAAGACACGGUGACAUACGAGAGCAAGGGGCACUGCUUCCUGGUGGAGGAAGGCUCGGAGAACAAUAACGUUUUCAGGCGGAACCUGGGGAUCAGCGUGAGAAAAGUGAAGGUGGUUAUCCCCUCUAAAGAGUCGUACGAUAAGCACACAGACGACAAGCCCAGCACGUUUUGGAUGGCCAACCCCAACAAUGAUUACAUUGAUAACGUGGCUGCUGGGUCGGAGGAUUCAGG